CUUGGAAAUCCAGCGGCCCAGAGAGGAGUGUAAAGAAAAGCAACCUGGAAGGAGACAGGCCAGCAUCUCCAGAUACCCACAGUGAGAACCCUGGAGGGGCAGCUGUCUGAACUCUUGGCCAGGGCUGGUGAACUGCCUGCCAUCCCACAGUUCAACCCUCUACGUCUGCCACUGCAUGGAAGCUAGGAGCCGGGCUUCCAAAAGACAGCUGUGCCAGUCUGGGGUCCCUUGGCUGGCCCUGGCCUAUCUGCUCAGCUGCCUGUUUGCCUCCAGCAAGGCCAAGGUCUUCAGUCGCUGUGAGCUUGCCAAAGUGCUGCGUGACUUCGGCCUGGACGGCUACCGGGGAUAUGACCUGGCUGACUGGAUCUGCCUUGCUUACUAUACAAGCGGUUUUAAUACAGCUGCUGUGGACCAUGAAGCUGAUGGAAGCACCAACAAUGGCAUCUUCCAGAUCAACAGCCGGAAGUGGUGCAAAAGUCUCGCCCCAAGUGGCCUCAACACUUGCCAUCUAUACUGUAGUGAUUUGUUAAGCCAAGAUCUCACAGAUUCUGUCGUCUGUGUCAUGAAGAUAGUUCAAGAGCCUCAGGGUCUGGGCUAUUGGGAGGCCUGGAGGCACCAUUGCCAGGGCAGAGACCUCAGUGACUGGGUGGAUGGAUGUGAAUUCUAGGACCCUCUCUGGAUGGACCAAGCUACACACAGCUGGCUGGGAAGUGUGGUUUUGUUCCUGACGCAGGCUUGGGAAGACAAGCCAACUCAUAAAAAUCUAAUUUGCCA